ACGAGCUCCUUCUACACUCACCAUUUCAGCGUCUCGAGACGACUUCCAUACAAUUAAUUAUCCAUUCUUUCUAUUCUUUCUUCCCCCUUCAUUGUGACUGCUAAGUUCCACUUUCCACUCAGCCGUUGCCGACCGCAGAGGCGCAGACCGCCGGGAGCCGACCAUCAGUGGCCGUCGGAUACGCACCACUCACCAAAGCAAAUCCUUCACGCGAAUUCGCACUUCGACGCCGCCCACUUCAGUCGACUGUCGACAGCUACCCAGGUUUGCUGCUGAUAAAAAUGGCUACUGUUUCUGGGUUGUUGUCAAAUUCUUCAGUUUUGAGUCUUAAGAAUGACAACCCUAUGCUUUCAUUUGGAUAUUCAAUGUCUACUGAAGCCACCACUACAGGCUUGAUUACUUUUAAAUUUGUACCAAAAUGGAAAUCUAGGUGCAAGAUCCGUUCUCUUCGAAUGGAGUGGGUUCGACCCUUGUUUGCCAUGUCUAGGGGAGGAAGUUAUGGCUUGAAAUUUGAUAAUGAGGAUGAUGAGGACCCAUUUUGGGUACAUUAUUCUAAGGAAACAAUCAGGGGUUUGAAAACAUUGCUUGCUUUCCUUGUUCAACAACCUGGGCAGUUGAAGUACAUAGAAUGGCCGAGCUUUCAGGACACGCUAUGGACUGCCAGCCUCACCCUUGUACUUGUGGCUGCACUUAUUGUUGCUUUGUCGUCACUUGACUCUGCUCUUUCCUUCGUGUUGGCACUACUGGUUCGAAAACCUGCAUGAUGCGACUCCUUCAGGUCGAGCAUGUUGACUAUGCAUAAUGAAGGAUAUCAAUAGCCACAGAGACUUGUUGAUCCCAAUUCCAAAAAAUUUAGUCUUCCUCAAUUUUAUGAGGCACAGCAUGAUAUAUGCAAAGAUCAAUGUACAGGGUAGGUCAGGACAAAUAGCUUUGUUAAGAAGUAUGCAAAGGUUUCUAUCAUGAAUUUUAUUUGCUAGUCUGAUGCAAUUUUGUUUGAUCACACUAUUAUUAGCACGUGUAACCUUUGUAAGUUUGUUUCAACCAAGAGGGAAAGUUCCUUUUCUCGAGAUAUUAGUAGAGAAUCUUAAUUUUCAAAAAAGAGCAUCAUUCUUUUCUCAA